UUGUAUCAUUAUCGAUAAUCGUAGAUUAGGAAAGGCACUCAAAGUGACCCUUUAACGUUAAGAUAUCGUUGUAUUCGCUUUAGUUCCUUUGUUUUUUUGUGACGCCUUUCAACUUUUUCACUUUAGCCGUUUUCAGUUGUUUUCUUUGAAGUAACUUUCAUACAGUGAUGCAAUCAUGCCUUACUAAUUGACUUAAAUUGUUUGCGUUUAAAAUAUCACUGAGUGAUAGGUACAUAAUUCCUUUAAAUAUUAUUGCGGAUAGAGAAAUAAUUUUAAAAUCUAAAAAUAAGUAUCUUCAUUACUUUUUACAACUGUGGGUAAUUAAAAAAAAAUUGUAAAGCUUAAUUUAACUUUUUAAAACCUUGCAAUUGUAUGUAUAAGAAAAUAUGAUAUUAUUACGGAACCAAACUUACAUGGAGAGUGUGGAGAUGGCCACCGAAGUGAGUUGUCCGCCAAGCUUGCCGCAGCUGCAGUCGGUGCAGAAGGCAAUGGCCCUGCCCUCUGUCGGGGCAGCCGUUGGACAAGUGGGAGCUUUCUACACUAAAGUUAAAGGAGCACAUUCCCUCCUCGAGUGGGCGCUAUCAACAGCAGAAGCCAGCGUCACCCUAGCAGCCACGACUGCAGCACCAUACGUGGCCGCGCCCCUCGCCGCCGGCGACGCCAAGCUGGCUGGCUAUAUCGGUGAGCUGGAGCGCCGCGUGCCGCUAGUCACAGAACAGCCCAAGAUCAUCGUCGAGACCACCAAGCAAGCUGUCCUCUCGAGAAUCUCACCGCAUGUUAAUAAGGUGUGCGUGGCGCGCGCAGCGGCUGAGCAGCGCGUGCACUCGCUGAAGGAGCUAUCGUGGGCGAAGGCCAACGCGCUGCUGUCCACCGCUGCGGGCCAGAAGGCCGUGCUCGGGCUGGACUCCGGCGCCAGCCUCGCCAUGCGUCUGCUGGACCAGUACCUGCCGCCCGUCGGGCCGCAGCCCGAGCCGACAGGCGAGGUGACCGCGGCGUCUGAAGACCCUACCCUACACACUGUUCAGACUGUGGGACGCCUGAGCGCGGUGGCGGCUCGCCGCGUGUGGGCCAACCUCGCCUACAAAGUCACGGAGCUCAGGUCUUCAGGUAUUGAGCUGGACGUGCGUCGCUACGUGACGGCUCUGAUGGCGGCGCUGCACCUGGCCAAGGUCACGAGCGAGCAGCAGGAGCCCCCUGUCCCAACCCCUGCCCCCGCGGAGCCCGCCCCGCCUGCCCCCUCCCCCGCGCAUAACGCCAGCCCCUCAGCCCCCUCCACCACCACCAUCGUCAAAACCACCCCCGAGGGAAAGUCUGACAUAUCAGAAAACUAACACUGUACUGGCUGGCACUAGGCCCACUUUUAUAUCUUAUAUCACCUAUAUUAUUAUGUUCUAUAUCUAAGCGCACUUCGGCCACACUGAAGAUAUACCGGCUGUAUCUACUCUGUUAUGGCUUUAGCAUUUAAGAUUGUAUUCUGAUUCAAAUGUAUCGAAGACUGUGAAACGAGUCUUAUAUUUUGAUGAAUUUAUAAACGUUGUACGCGAUAUUGUGGAUUUAUUAUUUAUUAAGCUUUUUGGAAAUAUAUUUAAUGAUGAACUGAAA